AUGAAGACGCGCGACGAUGAGACAAUCAGCAAACUCACAACUGAUCUCACAAAUGUUAUGGGAGAGAAGCAGAACGCUGAGCGAGACGUUAUGCAGCAUCAGGACCAGAUUAACAACCUCACGCACCAGUUGCAACAGCGCGCAAGUAUCAUUGCGAAUGACGAGAGUAGUGCGGAGAGAGCAAUGGAUAAAAUGCACGAAUCCAUAGCCGAACUAGGAAACGUUAAGGUUAAGCUAGCACAGGCAGAGCGAGAGUGUGAGGCGCUGCGUACGAAGGUCGCGUCAUUGGACGACACUGAACGAGCCCAUGCCAACGAAGUCAUCGAAAUGCGCACCACCAACGACGAUCAGAAGAGUCUGAUACGAGAGCAGCAGCAGGAAAUCGAUCGCUUGCGCAACAAGGUGUCGCAACUGGAGAGUGAUAUUGUGCAGAUACGACUCAGCAACGACACCGACACAGAGAAAGAGUGGAACAUCGAGAAGGCAAAGAUGGACAGCUACCAAGACAAGCUAACUCAUAUCAUCAACGAGCGUGAGGAGGAAUUGGCAGAGAGUAAAAACCAAAUUGUACAUUUGGAAAAUGAGCUGGAAAUAAUCGGGAAUGACUUGGGCAGGCAUGACAUCAUUCAGGAGUGUCUCAGCACACUUGACGGCCAUAAUCAGAGCAUAAAAGGUGCGAGAUGCCACUUGUGA